AAGACUUUUCCUGUUUGUGAAGCAGCAGCAACAGGAAACCAUUCUGAGCAGGGCAGACAUCAAGAUCACACUAUUGCAUUUUCUCCCUGUGAUUUUAAACACAGCUAAUCAAAGCCUCAUUAAAUCCUUACUGUGAUGACCUCCCAGCAUCAAGAACACACUUUUGAAAAGUACACCUCAAGAUUUUUCCUCUAACGAUGUUUUCAGUGCUUCUCUGUCCAAACUUCUGCAGGCUAACUGUAGUUUCACAAAUGACGCACAGCCACUUCACACAAGCAUGCCUGGAUACCUGGUCACUAUAGCAACGGUGUGGUGCCCACACACAUCUCUAUCCUCUCAUCACUUUGGUCGUCAUGGUCACCUAUUCUAGUGGGAGCUGCAGUGUUGUCAGAGGCAACCUUUUCUGUUUCAUUGGAUUGAUGAAAGACUGAAGCGAGAGGACACAGAAUCAGAUAAAGAUGUGUGAGAGUCCUGCAGUCUGCUGAGUGAUCAGACAAGACUGCUGGUAAUAUCAAACCCGGCUCAGUGAGUAAGCCAGGAUUCAUGCUAUCUCAUCUCAUCUCAUCAUGUGUUGAACAAAGUGCUUGAAUGAAUGUGUGGUCACUAAGAGCAGAAAAUGGUAAAUGGACUCGUUCUUAUAGAGUGCUUUUCUCCUCAAGCACUUUAUCCAACAUGCCUCAUUCAUGCGAGCACUUUUUCCACACUUAAGUGCUUUCUGUCUAACAUUCACACAGCAAUGAACACACCGGAGGCAACUUGGGGAUCAAUAUGUUGGCCGUUUCAAAAUGGAAAGGAUUCUUCCUCUGCUCAUGCUGUAUCACAUGAAUAUGCCAGUUGGAGGGCAUGAAGGUGGUGGAGAUUGAGAAGUGUCGCAAUGACAUCAAGAAGCUCCGUGAGGAGAUGGCAUCCAGGAACAACAGUAAUUUCCUGGAAGACAACAAGAAGCUGACUCCUUACAGAGACGUGCCCUCCUACCCCAAAUAUCAUCUGUCCAAGGAGACCAUGGAAGCUCUUAGACUGCCCACGUUUGAUGCUUGGCAGUGGGAGCCCAAUGAGAUGCUGAGCUGUCUGGAACACAUGUACCAUGACUUGGGCCUGGUCAGAGACUUCAGUAUAAACCCCAUCACACUGAAGAGAUGGCUGCUGAGUAUUCAUGACAACUACAGGAAUAACCCCUUCCACAACUUCCGCCACUGUUUCUGUGUCACCCAAAUGAUGUACAGCAUGAUCUGCCUCUGCAGCCUGCAGGAGAAGUUCACUCAGAUGGACGUUCUGGUUCUGAUGACAGCUGCUGUGUGUCAUGACCUCGAUCACCCUGGUUUCAACAACACGUAUCAGAUCAAUGCUAGAACAGAGCUGGCAGUUCGCUACAAUGACAUUUCUCCUCUGGAGAACCACCACUGUGCUGUGGCCUUCCAGAUUCUCUCCCAGCCUGACUGCAACAUCUUCUCCAGCUUUGACCCCGAGGCCUUCAAACAGAUAAGACAGGGAACCAUCACACUGAUCCUGGCCACAGACAUGGCACGCCACGGUGAGAUCCUGGACUCCUUCAAGCAGAAAGUCGACAGCUUUGACUACACAAACGAAGAGCACGUCACCUGUUUGAAGAUGGUACUCAUCAAGUGUUGUGACAUCUCCAAUGAAGUCCGGCCCAUGGAGGUGGCUGAGCCCUGGGUCGACUGCCUGCUGGAGGAGUACUUCAUGCAGAGCGACAGGGAGAAGGCCGAAGGACUUCCUGUGGCUCCGUUCAUGGACAGAGAAAAGGUCACCAAGCCAACGGCCCAGAUUGGCUUCAUCAAGUUCGUCCUCAUCCCCAUGUUUGAGACUGUGAUGAAGCUGUUCCCACAGAUUGAGGAGGCAAUGGUGCAGCCACUCAGAGAGUCCAGAGACCGGUACGAAGAGCUCAAACAGAUCGAUGACGCCAUGAAUGAGGUGCAGAAAAAGAAGAGCGAGAACUUGACCAUGGGUGGGAAGAAGAAGUGAGAAGAUUUGAGAAGCACCAGUGAGCACAGAGCACGAGUGUGACCGUUGACAUAAAGUGGAGUAGUGAGCCGUGUUGGUCCAUUGGGAGCUGUAAAACCUUCCAUCAGCCGUCCUCUCCUCACACAGAGCGGGGGAUCAGAUGGAUUUCCAGUGUGCUGCAGGAAGGGGAUGGACUGUGUGAGGCAGCAGCUCUGAGACAGCUGUAUGAGCUGCUAACAGAGUGGAAGACUGGAGGGGCGAUCCAGAGCUUUUCUCAUCCAGCAUUUGUACAACACAGACUGCACAGUGAACAAUACUUACAUAUAAAACUUGUUUAGUUUUUUCUUGAAAUGUGUGUGGGGUUGUUUGUUUUUUACCAGCUGUACAGAUUUAUAGUGACUUUUGUUCUUUCCUAUAA